AUGGACUUCCUCUCCACUGCGCGCCACUCAGGGUUCGACGAGGCGGAGUUGAAGGUUAUCUUCAACAGCUGCCUCGACGAACCCUUUGAGCCUGCGGAGAUGCGCAGGUUGAGGCCCCUGGGCUUCGUAGACCAGCUCCAGAUCGCGAUGGAUCGCGAGGAGUCCAGGGGACUGUCCGUGGCGGGGUCUUCUACGGGGCUGGCGACGAUCCCGGAGGGCCAGACCCUGCAGCUCGGAGUCGUGGGCGUUAUCACCAACACCGUCCACCUCAACCCCUGCAGCCUCGCCUCCAGUCAGCCUCGGUGGCAAGCGGGGAAGAGAACUCUCCACGGUCAGCUGGGUCUGGGUGAAGGUGGAUCUGGAUCUCAGACUCCUCAACACGUUCAGUGUCUGGAUGGGGUUCCACUGGCUCAGAUCAGCGCUGGAGGAGAUCACAGCUUUGUGUUGUCUCUCUCUGGUGUUGUGUUUGGUUGGGGGAAGAACUCUUCUGCACAGCUGGGUCUGGGAGACACUACAGACAGGCAUGUGCCCACAGUUGUAAAAAGCCUGAAUGGAAAGAAAACUCAGUUCAUCUCGUGCGGAGGAGAACACACUGCAACUCUGUCAAAGGGAGGUGUUGUGUUCACAUUUGGAUCGGGAGUUUUUGGUCAACUUGGGCACAACUCAUUUAAAGAUGAACAUCUUCCACGAGUGGUUGCUGAACUGUGGGGUUCUAAAGUGUCGCAGGUCACAUGUGGGAGACAUCACACACUUGUGUUAGUGGCAUCAUCAAAGCGGAUCUACUCAUUUGGAUGUGGGACGCAAGGGCAGCUGGGAAAUGGACAAAUGAUCAACCAGUCUGUGCCUUCACCUGUACACCUGCCAGCUGAAUUUAAUGAUGAAUAUGCGGUCGGAAAACUCAUUUCUCGUGAGAACCAUUCCUUUGCCCUAUUUUUCAAGGAACUUGGAAAUAUAUCCGCAAAGCCUGAGGCCAAUUUAAGCAGAGAGAUUUUAACAUUGGAUGACAGAAUGAUUGACCAGUGGGUGUCUGAAUGUGAUAGUAAAAUAAACCAAGUGUUCUCAUCUGCUGCCUGUUUGAAUGGAAGUUUUCUCAAAAUAAGUUGUGAUGAACAUUUUCAGACUUCUGCAGAUGUCUGUGGUUUAGAUUUUGACCUGGUUCAAAAAUCGUUUGCAAAACUAUCAGAGAACAAAACGGUGAUGACAGAGGUUGUGAAGACGGUUCGGGGUGCACUUUUGCCCUCUCUUAACCCUCAAGAGGGUUUCACUAGCGUGGAAGCUCUGAGAAUUUAUCUUCUCCUCCCUGAGCUCAUCAGAGUUUGCAAGGAACAACACAGGACCCAUACCCUUAAAGCCCUCGCCUCCAAAAUACUUCAGCUGAACCCUGACGCUCUUGAAGUGUUGGUAAAUUACUGGUCCAAACUCCCUGAAGAUUGUCUCAAAGACUUGGUGAAGUUAUUUCGCAAUGCAUCGGCUGAGUUGAUUGGCGACAUUUCUUUUAGUGAGAUAAAUCGGGACGAGCCGAAAUGCCUGAGGAAAUUUUUGAAGGUCCUUCAGUUGGUCUAUAAGGUCUGCUGCAGGACCCACAAUGACAUCACAAACAGAGAUUUCAUUAUUCACGAGAUCAAUGAUCUCCUAGAUAUGCUGCAAGCCACCCUGGAAGAUUUUGCAUCGUGGUUGCUUUAUGGUGAUAUCAAUUAUAUGCUGGAUCUGAAGGACCACUUUGUUAAAACUCUUGAAGUGUUGAUCAGUUUUCCUUUUGUAGCUGACUCUGCAUCUAAAUUGAGAAUUUUUGAAGUGAAUUUUGCUGGUGAGAAUGGAAUAGAUGCGGGAGGCGUUUCUGCCGAGUUCUUCUCCUUGCUUUCACAAUCUCUCCUUACAUGGGAGAAAAAGCUGCUGGAAGUUUGUGAGAAUUCACUGGUGUGGUUCAAUUCUGAGCACACAAGCAAAGAAGAUUUCUACAAUCUUGGCGUUGUCUGUGGAAUGGCGCUGUUUAACCACUGUUACAUGAACAUAGAAUUCCCACUGGCGUUGUUCAAGAAACUUCUGGACCAGAGCGUCACUCUGAGUGAUCUAGAGGAAAUAUCCCCUGUGGAGGCCAGAGGUUUGAAAGAUCUACUGGAGGAGGAUGAGGAAGUGGUGGAGGUGCUUUUCUUGGAUUUUACGAUCAAAGGGCAAGAGCUCAUUCCAAAUGGAGCUCAGAUUCCAGUAACCAUAAUUAAUCGACAGAAGUAUGUGGAUUUGUAUGUGGACUUCAUUUUCAACAAGUCUGUGAAGAACCAGUUUGAGCCGUUCUCUGCAGGUUUUUCUGAAGGCUGUCCGGUCAAAGCCUGGAAAAUGUUUCACCCCGAAGAACUCAGAGAGGUUUUCAGUGGUUCUCCUGAGUAUGAGUGGGAAGACCUUCAGAAGCGUGCUACUUACCAACACUGUUCUCCCUCUGAUGAGCUGAUCAAGAAUUUCUGGACUGUUUUCUUUGAGUUGUCUGAAGAAAACAAGAAGAAAUUUCUGAUUUUCAUGUAUGGAACGGGCCGUGUACCUCUCUCAAAGGUGACCCUGAAGAUUGUGCAGUUGAACAGUCCUGAUUCAGAUGAUCGUUUCCCAGAAGCCUACACCUGUUUUGGCAUAUUAUAUCUUCCCAAAUACAGUGACAUCGACACACUUCGUAACAAACUAAUACAUGCUAUCAGCUUUUGUGAGGUUUUUGGAAGGUGGUGAAAAGGCAGACAAUGCUCGAAUGUGACAGCUUUAGGCUGACGGAUUCCUUUUUAAUCUUUUUAUGAAAUGUUACAUAAACUAGAUAAUCAUAUAGCUCAGUUGUUAGAUCAUAUAGCAUGGCCAUGGGUUUGAUUCCUAGGGAAUGCACAAACUGAUCAAAUGUUUAUACCCUUAAUGCACAGAAAGUCACUUUGGAUACAAUUUUUUGCUCUCAGUCACAAACUUAGAAAUAGAUCAAUAUAGAUUUGCCUCUUACAUUUCUAAAAAAUAAAAAAGUGUUCUUCAUAGCAAAAGCUCAAUUUUGGGGGUCCACAUAAAAGCCUUUAGUCAAUAAUAAAUGAACGAUUUCCAUAGUACAUUUCAAUAGUCUGAAGAACAUUUAUCUGCUGUACCUGUUGGACAAUAUAAAAUUAUUUGGAUGUUUCUUUUAGGAACAGCCCGACUUUAUUUUUAUAAAUGAAUUGUGGAUGCAUCUUUUAAAGAAAUAAAAAUACAUUUUU